AUGAACAUCUGCGUGACCCUUAUUCUGAUUCUCGCUAAAUGUACGCUGAUCUUUGCAGCGUUAACAAAUCACUGGGUAGUGCCAGCCGUGCCUGAAGGCAGGAUUGUUGGCGGUCAUGAAGCAGCUCCCCACAGCCAUCCUUACGCUGUCUCCCUCCAACUGAGGUUUCUGUGGGUGCGCGCGCAUUUUUGCGGAGGCACUCUUCUCAACCAAAACUGGGUCCUGACAGCCGGCCAUUGCAUCAAGGAGUCAUUCAUCAUCAGAUGGCUGCCGAUGGACGUGGUAGCCGGUGCUCAUAAUGUGGAUAAAUUCGGUCCUGCAGCUCAGGUCUUGACUGUGUCCCAGCGAAUAGCACACCCGCUUUACGAUGGUGGCAUUGGACCAAACGACAUAGCUAUGCUGAAAACUAGUAUGCCUUUUCAAAUGACAAAGGAAGUUCAGCCUGUGAACCUACCUGUGAACUUCAAGGUCAAACCUGACAACUUAGCCUUGACAGGGUGGGGAGUUCUGAAGACAACCUUCUUCUUCCCAAGUCUACCAGAGAAUCUCCAAGAAGUUAAUGUUACCUAUAUCCCUUAUGAUGAAUGCUACCAAGCAGUAGAAAAGUUGAGAGAACCCUAUGAAAAGAAUCCACUGAAUAAUAAAGCAAACAUUUGCACUGGCCCACUGUCGGGGGGAAUAGCAGGAUGCAAUGGCGACUCCGGUGGACCUCUCAUACAGUUUCCUGUGCUACUUGGAGUAGUGUCUUGGGGAGUAUCUCCUUGCGGACAGAAAGGAGCUCCUACAGUUUACACCAAAGUUUCAAAUUACUUGGACUUCAUCAAUCAACACAUUAAUACGUAA